UGGCGGGCCGCACAGCCGGGUGGGACGUGAGCGCGGCGGGCAUCGGUGGGGGCGUCAAUCAGCGCGUGCCAAGAUCGGCGGGGCGUCUGUCAGCGCGUGCCAAGAUCGGCAGGGGUGCCAGUCACCGUGCCCAGAUCGGCAGGGGCGUCAGUCAGCGCGUGCCAAGAUCGGCGGGGCGUCUGUCAGCGAGUGCCAGCGGAACCACCAUGAGGCUGGUGGUGGCGAGUCUGCUGUUGGGCGCCGCGCACCUCGGUGCUGGACAGCGGUUCGGAGGUCCAGACCAGGCGCAGCGUGACCCGUGCAAGGAGAGAACUGGUCUGGCGCCGCACAAGGACUACUGCGACCGCUACUUCGAGUGCAGCGGCGGCCAGUCGUACGAGGUAGACUGCCCGAACGGUCUGGUCUUCACCGGCAAGAACGCCUUGCUCGACAACUGCGACUACCCGAACGAGAACCCGUACUCGUGCGAAGACAAGCAGCUGGCUAAUCCGCCCAUCGCCACGGAGCACUGCGACUGGCUGUACGGCAUCUUUGGUCACGAGACCUCCUGCACGAGGUACUGGACGUGCUGGAACGGCACUGCCGUCGAGCAGUUCUGCAACGGCGGUCUGCUCUACAACGAGCAGACGCACUCCUGCGACUGGCCGCAGUUUGUCUCCGACUGCCAGAAACACCCGCUGUGCGUGGAGGACGCCAAUGGCAACGUGCCACUCGGCAAGUCGUGUGAGCGCUACUGGAGCUGCCAGGGCGGCUACCCGCGGCUCAUGCGCUGUCCGGCCACGCUCGU